AUGCCAAGUGUUAUAUUCUAUCAGGAUGACCCAACAUGGUCUUGGAUGUGGUGGAACAUCAGGAAUGCGCUGGAAGACUUUGCCUUGGAGAGAGGAUUGGCAUUCAGGGUUGGUAGGGUUCAUCUGAACAAGUGGAAGCAUCUGGAACUUGUGUAUAAGCAACUAGAAGAACAGGUGAAGAACUGGCCACCAAAGAACCCUGGUGAUGAGGGACCUCUCUGGGUGCACAUAUGGAUUAGGCAAUGUCAAAGGUCUCUCAUGUGUCUGAAGCAACUCCCAUUUACCUUCUGUGAUACAGUGGUCCUAGUUGUGCUCUUCCAACAUCUUUGUCUGGAUAUUUACACUAUGUGUUGGAUGGGUGCAUUUACCAUGGAUCCUGAUGUCUGCGAGCAACUCUUUGAAGCACACAUCCCUGUAUGGCUAGUCUGGAAGCUGGAUUUAGUGCCAAAGGAUAUGAAAAUACAUCACAAAGUCAACAUUACAUGCCCAGAGGGCAUUAUCACUACCCCAGAUGAGUUUGAGGUUGGCCAAAUGCUCAAGUGGAACACUAGGUGGUAUUACCCUGGCAAUCCUAUGCAUGUCCACACCUGCAAAGCUCCAGUAGUGGGUCUUGAGCAAUUUGUGGCACCUUGGCCAGACCCAAUUCCUGCAGUGUCAACUUCCACAACCUCUGGCUCAGUGGCCUUGAAUACCACAAGUUCCAGCACACCUGACUCUGCCUUGGGAGUUGUCAGAACAGAUAGGGCUAAACAUCACAGCAGUCCUUGUUCAAAGAAGGCCAAGACUUCCACCACUCUGAACAUCAACUUGCUGCAGGAUUUUGAUGAUCCUGCCUUCCCCACUCACAUUUACUUGUGGAAUGCCACACUUACUGAUGUCAACAAGGACCCCAAGAGAAUUUGUGCCAGUGUGCCCAAAAUCACAUAUUUUUUCCCUCACCCUGCACUAUUUAUGAGAGGUGAUUCCUUGGAGCAGAGGCAGAGGUACCUCCAGAAUUGGUUGGUGGCCUGA